UUUUUGACCAUGGGGAGCCAUCUGCUGUUGUAUACUUUGUUGGCAUUGAUUCCUGCUCUUGGAUCAUCAGAUCUUUUAAUAAGUAAUAUCAGGAACAUAAAGAAAAGAAGUGCUGCAGGUGUUCAUACUGAUGACAUAGAUAUCUACAGCUUGACAAUUGAUUGCCGAGUUACUUCCCGAUUCGCCCAUAACGUCAUCACCAGUCGAGCUGUCAAUCGUGCCAAUGUAUCCAAGGAAGCCAUCUUUGAUAUGGAUCUCCCCAAGACAGCAUUCAUCACCAGUUUUACCAUGACAAUUGAUGGUGUCGUCUAUCCUGGAACUAUAAAGGAAAAAGAAGCUGCCCAGAAACAAUACCAGCAGGCAGUUUCACAAGGACAGACUGCAGGUUUAGUGAAGGCCUCUGGAAGAAAAACGGAAAAAUUCACCGUUUCAGUCAACAUUGCAGCAGCCAGCAAAAUCACUUUUGAGUUGAUCUAUGAGGAAAUGCUGAAGCGACAUUUGGGAAAAUAUGAGUUGUUCAUAAAAGUAAAUCCAAAGCAGCUUGUCAAUAAAUUUGAGAUUGAGGCAAACAUCUUUGAGCCUCAGGGCAUCAGCUAUCUAGAAGCAGAAGCAUCAUUCGUCACCAAUGAGUUGUUACCCAUCAUACAAAAGUCUUUUUCAGGAAAAAAGGGCCAUGUGUCUUUCAAGCCCACCAUUGAUCAACAGCGGUCGUGUGUAAAUUGCCCAACUCUACUGAAAGGAGAUUUUGUCAUCCACUAUGAUGUGAACAGAGAAUCCCCAGGUGACUUACAGAUUGUCAAUGGGUACUUUGUACACUUCUUUGCACCAAAAAAUGUGUCACGUUUGCCUAAGAACAUUCUUUUUAUAAUAGAUGUCAGUAUAUCAAUGUCUGGACGAAAACUGCAACAGACAAAGGAUGCCCUGCUAAAAAUCUUAGAAGAUAUAAAGGAAGAUGACUACUUGAACUUUGUACUGUUUGGUAGUGAUGUACACAAAUGGAAAAAUACCUUAAUCCAAGCUACUCCUGAGAACCUGGAGGAAGCAAGGCGUUAUGUUCAGAAUAUUAAUAUAGCUGGAUGGACUAAUCUUAAUGGUGGCUUAAUGACUGGAAUUGAAAUGCUGAAUGAAGCACAAGCAGCUGGUUCUUUGCCCAAUAGAAGUGCAUCCUUAAUUAUCAUGUUAACAGAUGGCAGACCCACAAAAGGAGAAAGAAACACGCAAGUCAUUUUAAAUAAUGUCAGAGAUGCAAUUCAAGGAAAAUUCCCUUUAUAUAACCUUGGGUUUGGUUAUGAUCUUGACUAUGGCUCUUUAGAAAAGAUGGCAGCUGAAAACAAUGGAUUGGCUCGUCGUAUCUACGAAGAUUCUGAUUCAGCCCUACAACUGCAGGGAUUUUAUGAUGAAGUGGCCAAUCCCUUACUUACAGAAGUGGAGUUAAAGUACCCUGAAGAUGCCAUCUCUGACUUGACUCAAAAUAGUUUUAAGCACUACUAUGAUGGGUCUGAAAUCGUUGUGGCUGGACGUAUUUCAGACAAUGACAUCAACAGCAUUAUUGCGGAGGUGAAAGCUCAUGGGGCAGAAGAAGAUCUGACUUUCACUGAGCAAGCAGAUGCCGAGGAAACUGAGAAAGCCCUUGAAGAGCAGCAGUACAUAUUUGGGGAUUAUAUUGAGAGACUCUGGGCUUAUCUCACCAUUCAGCAACUGCUGGAAAAAAGAAAUGCGGCAAAGGGGGAUGAAAAAACAAAUCUUACUGCUCAAGCCCUGGAAAUGGCUCUGAAAUACAAGUUUGUGACUCCUUUGACAUCCAUGGUGGUCACAAAGCCAGAAGACAAUGAUGAUAAGGCGGCACUGGCAGACAAGCCUCUGGAAGAUGCACAAGGCCCCCACAAACCCCCAAAUCCUUCACAUUUCUUUGAUGGAGAUCCACACUUCAUUAUAGACAUUCCCCAGAAAGAAGAUGCUCUUUGCUUUAACAUUUAUGAAGAGCCAGGCACUGUGUUAAACCUCAUCAGGGACCCAACUACAGGUGUAACUGUCAAUGGGCAACUAAUAGGAGACAAGAUAAGCAGCAGUAAUGAUGUAAGGCCACACAAUACCUAUGUUGGAAGACUUGGGAUUUUCAAUAUGCAAUUGAAUUUAAAACUUGAAAUAACCCCUGAGAAAAUCGUUCUCUACAAUGGUACAAAGGAGAUGAUAUUCACAUGGCAUGAUGGAGUCACCUUACAACAUCCAGGUUUGACUAUGAACAUCAUUCGAAAAAAUAGUUUGGAAGUCUCACUGGGAGAUGGAGCAACCUUCAUAGUGGUUUUGCAUCAAACAAAACAUUCAGUACACCAAGAAUUUCUAGGAUUCUACACAGUGGACAGCCACAAGUUGUCUCAACAUACCCAUGGUUUAUUAGGACAAUUUUUUCACCCAAUUGACUUUAACAUACUUGAAGUCCAUCCUGGGUCAGAUCCUGAGAAACCAGAUGCCACCAUGAUUGUAAAAAAUAACCAGUUGACAGUAACCAGGGGAUGGCAAAAAGAUUAUACGGACGAUCCAAGACAUGGUAUCAAUGUUCCUUGCUGGUUUAUACAUAACAAUGGGGAAGGUCUAAUUGAUGGAACACAUACGGAUUAUAUUGUUCCUAGCUUGUUUUAGCAUGAGACAUAUUGAUCUUUGGCUGUGACACUUUGAAAUGACAUAAUAUUAUGAAUGAAUGAAUAGCUUUAUUACGAUCUUAGAUCAGACAUAAACACAACAUAUUACACAACAUUCAGAUGAAAUCUAUCACACAGUACACCAACAAAAUAAGCAUUUUAUGGUAAGAUCUAAAGGGUAGAAAUUAAUUGUUGGCAGAUCUUAACAGUGGCCACACAAAAUUUAGCAACCUUGUGUGUGAUAGAAGAUUUCUUGCCUGCAAGAAGAAGUGUAAUAUAACAUUCAUCAGUUCGGCUGGGGUAAUGUAAUAGCAAGGGAGUAAUAAGACUACAUUGACUGUCAUCAUAAAAGGAAUAAUAUGGCAAGACAUGGUGGACAGAUUGAGCCUCACCCAAACCACAAGGGCAGAUCCAACUGGCCAAGGGAAUUUUAAGAAAUUUCCCAUUAAAAAAAUUGCUGAUGAUAAGGCAUCAUAUCUUGCUCUGAGGAACACUCUCUGGUGGUUGGGUAGAGAGAAUGACAAUAAAUAAUUGGCUGGUUCCUGGCUGAGAUCGCCAAGGCGCCCUCUUGUGGUCUGCAGGAGAACACCUAGGUCAUUUUGAUGCUAAAUGUCCAAGAUCCUGUGUUUGAGGAUCUCUUUGGCCUGAUUAUAUCCUAAUAAUUACAGAUAUUCUAAAGAGAAGCCAAGUGAUGAGAAUUUUGCCAUCAGUGCUCGUGUCCAGGAAGAUUGAAACCUGUCAGCCAGUACAAGGGGAAUCAGCCCCAGAGGGGGGAAAUUAAUCUUAAGCCAGUAGUUGAAAAUUGAAAUCCAUGCUUUGGAUUCCACCCUCUGAAAGCCCAUUUCUAACCUUAGUGCAGCAUUAGAAAUACAUCUGGGGGCCCCUGAAUACAGCUCUUAAAAACUUAGAUUGGACAACCUCCAGUAAUCUGUGGUUGGAAUAGGGGCCUAGUUGUAUACCGUACAGAAACUGGGCCAGUAGUUUGGCAAUGAACAGCUUUAGUGCUGCGGGAAUAACCUCUUCCCCUUUGGAGCAGAAAAAUCUCAGAAUUGCUGAUGUACUCCUUUGAGCCUGUUGGACAGUGUAAUGCACAUGGGCCUUCCAUGAUCUUGUGGCAUGAAAAACCACACCCAAGUAUUUAAAACUGUUAACCUGUUCAAUCUGAUGAUCCUCUAUAAACCAAUUAAAUUUCUUAGGCUUCUUGGCAAAGACCAUCACCAUAGAUUUCUGAAAAUUAAUAACCAGGUGGUUAUUGGCCAGGAACCUAAGAGCCCUCCUAAGACCUACUGGGGUUGACAUAACAUUAUAAUAUUGUACCACUGAUUUUACUAAUUGACAAUGACUCAGAUCUGGACUACUGAAGCAUGCGACGUGAGCUGUGCAUCCACUUUGGAGAACCAGAACUAGCUACGUGUUGCUCAGUGGGGAGUGAAAAUUUUGGGAUGCUUUCCUUCCUCUCAGACCUGUAACUGGUAGAAAUAUGUUUCUGAGCGUUGUGCAGCCUUCAAGGAAAUUCUUCUGUGUCUCACAGAGCACUUUGGGGGGAAGAAAUGGUUGGUGACAUUCAACUGCUUCUUUAAUUAUUUCCCUGGAUGCACUCUCAGACACAAAGAAGUAUGUUCCUGAGGGCUAUGCAACCCUUAGAGACAUAUUUCUACCAAUCACAGCGCAAUCUGAGGGAAAGGUAGGAACCCUGAAAUUCACCCUCCCCACUGAGUGCUAGAUUCAGCCUUAGUGGGGAAGGCUACCAAAGUGGGAGCAAUGAUCUCCAUUAUGCACCCAUGGUAGUUGUCCAGAUCUGAACCAAUGUUAUCACAAAUCUAGUUCUUGUGAUUUUUCUGUGUUCUUAAUCCCUUCAGCAUCACAUCAGUAGAAGUAGGUAGAACCUCUAGGGAUGUGCAAGCUGGCUUGAGGUCGAGCUGGCUCACACACUCGAACUGGCCCGGCUCAAGGGCUCACUCUCGAGCCAGACCAGGCCCAAUUCGGCUUGAGGUUGAGCCAAACUCACUGGUCAGGUCUGGGGCCAGUUCGAGGUUUUUUUAAACAAAAGAAAUUGGUGGGUUGACCACCGUUACAGGGCUUCCGGGGGUGUGGCCACAAGGAGGUCUCCUGAUGUUCUCCCUCCCCCUGCCGGCCUCCCUUCAGUUGCUUUUGACCCAUUAUGGGCCUUUCUGCACUGGCAGUAGCCAUUUUAGAGGCUGCCAUGCAUGUGCACAGGGUCAUGACCCGGCCGUGCAGAUUGCCAGUGUGCAUGCCCAACAGCCUCCAAAAUGGCUGCUGCCAGCUCAGAGAGGCUCAUAAUGGGCCAAAAAUGACCAAGGGGAGGGGGAAUAUCAGGAGACCCUCAUCACAGUUGCAGCGGCAUCCCCCAAAGCCCUGCAAAUAUGAUGUCCGCCUUUUUUUGUUCCCCCCUGAGCGGGCCUGAUCUAGUUCAGAUUACAGCUGGACUAGUCUCGGCCCUAGUGUGCACAGAACUGGACCAGACCCAGUUUGGGUCAAGUCUGGUUCUACUCAAACUGAACCAGGUUUUCCGGUUUUGUACAUACCCCUAAGAACCUUUUCCCCUAGAAAAUCAUGGCCUGCUGUUUUUUGACAUUAUUAAGUAAAUAAUGAUUUAGGUGCCAGUUACAUCUUUUAAGAACAUUUACUUUGAUAAAAUUUCUUGUAGGAUAAAUGAAACUAUGAUCUCUGUAUUCUGUGUAUUAAAUUUUUGUAUCUCUGUAUCUUUAAAAUGAUGUUAAUGGGACAACAUUUUUAAAAAGAAGCUACAAAAACUGUCUUAUGUAACCAUUCCAACAGCCAUUAAACCUUGAACUUCAUGGUC